CCUUUGUUCUGUGUCUCAUUCUCUCACCUACUCAUCACUCCAUUCAUUGUCCGUCGUUAAAUGCAAAAAGUAGUUUAACUCCAAAAGUACCAGAACCUGCUUCAAGGUUUGUGUCUAUGUACUUAGGGCUACUUGUUUCACUUACUUUACUCUCUUCUACUCUUCAACUAUUUCACUUUACCCUCACCUUUUUAACCAUUUUUUGCUAAUUUGAUUUUUGAGGCCAAGUUAUUCAGCUUCAGAUUUAGCACAAACUAAUUAUAUUAAACCAACCAACACUCUUUUUUUUUUUUUUUAAAAAAAAUCACUAUGGAGGUGUUUAUGGGAGGUGAAAAGUUUAACAUGCGUGUUAUUGUUGUUGUUAUCUUGUUCUUUAACAUGUUUUUAGUGUGUUCUGUGAGUGGAAUUGGUGUUAACUGGGGUACACAGUGUACACAUCUUUUGUCACCAAACACAGUGGUGAAAAUGUUGAAAGAUAAUGGGAUUCAGAAGGUUAAGUUAUUUGAUGCUGACCCAAAUAUCUUAGAUGCUCUUAAAAAAUCUGGUAUUCAAGUCAUGGUGGGGAUUCCAAAUGACAUGCUUUAUACCCUUGCUAAUAGUCUUCCAGCUGCAGAAAAAUGGGUUUCUAAGAAUGUUUCUGCUCAUGUUUCUUCUGGAGGUGUGGAUAUAAGGUAUGUUGCAGUGGGGAAUGAACCAUUCCUGUCAACAUACAAUGGAACCUUUGAAGCCACAACACUUCCAGCUCUUCAAAACAUCCAAGCAGCUCUCACAAAAGCUGGUCUGAGCAGCCGUGUCAAAGUCACCGUCCCUUUAAAUGCUGAUGUAUAUCUAAGCUCAUCACAGAAGCCAUCUGACGGCGAUUUCAGGCCGGAUAUCACCAACGUCAUGCUGGAAAUAGUCAAGUUCUUGAGCGACAAUGGAGCUCCAUUUACCGUCAACAUCUAUCCUUUUAUCAGCCUCUACUUGGAUCCCAGUUUCCCCGCUGAUUACGCCUUUUUCAACGGCUAUCAGCCUGCCAUAGUUGACAAUGGAAAGAGCUACGACAACGUGUUAGAUGCUAACCAUGAUACUCUAGUAUGGGCACUGCAGAAACAUGGUUUUGGAAACUUGCCUAUAAUUGUUGGGGAAAUCGGUUGGCCAACCGAUGGAGACAGAAAUGCAAAUCUUCCAAACGCACAACGAUUUAACCAAGGUUUUAUGGCGAGGUAUGUUUCCGGAAAGGGGACACCAAUGAGGCCAGGUCCUUUAGAUGCGUACUUAUUUAGUUUCAUUGAUGAAGAUAAUAAGAGCAUUCAGCCCGGGAACUUCGAACGUCAUUGGGGGUUGUUUUACUUAGACGGACAGCCCAAAUACAACCUUAAUCUCGGAACCGGCCGCGCCAACGGAUUGAUAGCAGCUAGUGGCGUUGAUCAUUUGGAGAAAAAGUGGUGUGUUUUGAAGCCUUCAGCAAACCUUAAUAGUGAUCAAGUGGCACCAAGUGUUGCUUAUGCUUGUCAAAAUGCCGAUUGUACUAGUCUCGGAUAUGGAACUUCAUGUGGUAAUUUGGAUGUGAAAGGAAACAUCUCUUAUGCAUUUAAUAGUUAUUACCAGGUUAAUGACCAGAUGGAUAGUGCAUGCAAAUUCCCUGGACUUUCUAUGAUUACUGAUAAAGAUCCUUCAUUUGGAACUUGCAAAUUCAGAAUCAUGAUACAGACAGAUUCUGCUGAGCUGAAUGGUAUGGUUUGGUCAACAACAGCUUUAUCCCUUGCUUUGGUUUUUUUACUCUUGUGUAAUGUUUCACUUUGAUCUUGCUACUUUUUUAAUUUAUUAUUUUUGGAUGACUUAAUAUGUGUAUUACAAAUUCUCAGUAUGUAUGAGUUUAGCUGGUGUAUAAAAACACUCUUGGCAGAUCAAAGAAGGUUGAAACUUGAAAGUGGUUAAUGGUCCUAAUAGCUUGAAAGUGGUUAAGACUUAAGAGUGCUUGUGGGUUAUCUAUUACUUGCAAUGUUAUUAUGGAUUCAAGUUUGAAUGAGAAUAGGGGUUGUUUUACUUAGAUGGAAGACAAACAAACCUUAAUAGUGGUCUAGUGACACCAAGUGACAAGUGUGUUUGGCCUAUGUCAAGAUGUUUGAUUGCAUGAGUUUAGGGGGUGCAGUGCAGGGCUUCAUUGCUAGUAAUUUAGAUGUUAAUUGAUUAAAGAUUAUUCGGUUGGAAGUUGUACCUUUGCAAUUCAGGAUCGUCGUGGAAAAUAUGCUUCCUGCUAAGAUGCUAGAAA